AUGAAAUGGAAGCAAUGCAACACCAAAGACAUCAACUGCCGUAAAACGUCCAACAGAGGACGCAGUGUUGGACUUUUACCUCCGCAGAGUCAAGAAACAAGUAUGGCGGCGUCCAGUGUUUUCAGACCAGGCUUGUUCCACCACAAAGUGGCGAUAGUAACGGGAGGGGGCACUGGUAUCGGUAAAGCUAUCUCUGCUGAGCUGCUGGAGCUAGGCUGCAGUGUGGUGAUCUCCAGUAGAAAGGCCGAGAGGCUGGAGGCGGCAGCUCAGGAGAUGAGACGAAACAUUCCUCCCUCCAGCCCUGCACGUGUCACCCCCCUGCCGUGCAACAUCCGCAACGAAGAAGAGGUGAGGGCUCUCGUGUCCUCCGUGCUGAAGCAGUACGGCCGAAUAGACUUUCUGGUGAACAAUGGAGGAGGUCAGUUCAGCAGCCCAGCAGAACACAUGUCCUCCAAAGGCUGGAAGGCUGUGAUAGACACCAACCUGACCGGAACCUUUCACUGCUGCAAGGAGGUCUACACUGCAUGGAUGAAGCAGCACGGAGGUGCGAUCGUCAACAUCAUCGCUGACAUGUGGAAGGGCUUCCCAGGCAUGGCCCACACGGGAGCAGCGAGGGCAGCGGUGGAUAACUUAACGAAGAGUCUGGCCAUCGAGUGGGCACACUCAGGAGUCAGAGUCAACGCCGUGGCACCUGGUACAAUCUUUUCCAAAACUGCAAUGGAGAACUACAAGGAGCUGGGACCAGGUCUUUUCAAGAUGUCCGUUCCAUUUAGCCCUGCUAAGAGACUGGGAGUGCCGGAAGAGAUCUCAUCAGCGGUCUGUUUCCUGCUCUCUCCUGCCGCCUCCUACAUCUCUGGAGCCACACUGAGGGUGGAUGCUGGACAGAGUCUGUACCACUCCAUGUGGGAGAUACCCGACCACAGUGCAUGGCCUGAAGCUCCAGAGGGGGAGAACCUGGAUGCUCUGAAGGACCUGCUCAACCCACAAAGCAAACUCUAAUGCUGUAAUGUGACAUAGUCCUUGCCUAAUGCUUAAACACUUAACCAAUAAGCAUCAUGGAUGUUGAGCUGCACAGACCCCACAAGUCAUUUUAUAAAACACCAUGGUGGCCAGGUUAUAAGGUUAGAUUUAUUCUGCUAAUUGUGUACAUAAUUGUGUGUAAUUAAUAGGAACAUGAGUUUAUGAUUAGUUUCCUGGGUAACGAUGUGUGUGAAGAGUAAUUUUUUUUUCUCCAAAGCUUUUGUAAGUUAAAAGUGACAUAAACAACAAAGCAAAUGGACACAAAAAACAAAUGUAAAUAAUUCAGGAAAAUGGCAAUGCAUUUUUAAAAAUUUGCACUGAUUUAGUGUCUCCAAGGCAGUUUCAAAGUCAGGAGCUACAAUAUCAAAAGCAAGAUCAUUUUUUAGUUUUAAGACCGGACCUUGGACACGUAAUUCCUUGCAAAUCAAAGAUUUCUGGCAUAGCUGGUUAAUCAAGAAAGUAAAAAGAUUCAGAGGUGUAUGGAGAACAGGUGCCUCACAUUGAGCGUCUUAGAUAUACAUAUGAUAUACAAUAAUUCUUACUCUAAACAUAGUAUUGUAACUUUAUAAACACAUCUUUGUAUUCAUCAUGGAUUUUGAGAUGUUUUUUCUUUAUUUUAAUGUUCAAAGUAAUGAGAGAAAAGUAAAGUUUUUUGUUGUUACAAUUAAAAAACUUUGGAUAAUAAGAAAAAAUAUUUUAUUUUGUCAUUGAAUGUAUAUCUUGGGGUGCAAAGUUUAUUUUAAAAUAAUCUACCAGAGGGUUGAUAGUGGAAAAAGUAUUUACGUUAAGAAAGAUUUUAGUUAUCUCUUGGGAUCCUGAAGAAGAUUAAAUACAUAGAUAUGUAUUUAAUAAUAACUGCACAUUAGUAAUACUGUGUUUUACUUUGUAAAGCGGAAUCAACUAUUGCCUUGUAGUUUACAUAAAUGAUCAAAC